AAUAAUAAUAAUGUAACGUAAAGGAUCAUGCAAUAGCUGUGGAGGAGUAUUUAUUUAAGUUGUGAAAAAGUAAAUAGUGGGAGUGGUAGUCCAUUAUUAUUGAAUUAGAAAGAAUAAGAGGCGGGAAGAGAGAAGCUGGGUGCACGGAAAUGAAAGAGAGAGAAAAUAAAAGGGAAAGGCAAUAAACAAAGGACGCGUGGGUUGUCGCCUUCCCCUUUUCCAAUACAAAACUCACCUCUUCCCCCUUCCUUUUCCUUCAAACUCUCUUCUCUCCCAUUUCUCUCUCUCCUCUUUCCCUCUCUACGUAAUCCUUCCCUCUUCCUCCACCUACCCCCGCCGCACUCACUACUCAGUUUGCAUCUAUUAACAGAAAGAGAAGCGACAAACCGUACAAUUCGCGAGAAUCAUUCAAAAAAUAGUUCAUUCUGAUGGCGUCAUCUUCAACCGUCUCGAAUCCCGAUGCUAACUCCAAUCGCUCGCGAGAAUCCAAGCGUAAAAAGAGAAGAAAAAUUGGAGAUGCUGGUGAAAUUGAGCCACUCACAAGCCUUGAUCAAUCAAGGUGGAGAACUGAUAACGAGCAACAGAUCUACUCUUCUAAGCUUCUCCAAGCUCUCCGUCAUGUCCGCCGGAGUAAUGACAAUCCGUCUCCGGUUAAUGCCGGACGCGCCGUCAGGGAGACCGCAGACAGAGUCCUCGCCGUGACAGCUAAAGGAAGGAGUCGUUGGAGUAGAGCGAUUCUCAGUGGACGUCUCAGCCUCAGGCUUAGCCAGAUUAACAAAAAGCAUAAGAAAGCUAAGCUGAACAACGGCAAUAUUAAGUCGAAGAAACCGGCGGCGGCGAAGAAGAAGCGAUUACCGGCUAUACAGCGGAAAGUUCGGGUUCUCGGCCGUUUAGUUCCCGGUUGUCAGAAAGUGCCGUUUCCGAACCUUCUAGAAGAAACUACCGACUACAUAUCAGCUCUAGAGAUGCAAAUCCGAGCCAUGACUUUUCUGACCGGCCUCCUCUCCGCCGGUGGAGCUGGAGCAGGAUCAGUUGCCGCUCAACCCGAUCGGCUCGGCUAAGUGGCUCGUUACAUUACAUUACAUUACAUUACAUGUCCUUUUCUUUUUCUAAUUCUUUUUUAAUUUUUAAACCUUUUUGUUAAUAAUUGAGAGUUUUUAUAUUGGUGUAUUUUAUUGUAUACAAUGUGUCCCUUUUUACCUUUUCUUUCUUUCCUUGUCCACCUUUUUUUAUUUAUUUUCUUAUUUCUUUUAAUUUUUUACUAUUCACAUUUUGUUCC